UCAAAUUUUAGGACCGAAAUCGUUUAAAACUUGGUGAGAGUGAAUCGAUCCCACUUUGUUCUUCAUCAAACAAUGCUGCAAAGUACCUGCAUUGUCCUGAUCUCUCUUAUGUGCACAUUUUCUCGGUUUGGUAGAGCGAAGCUCAACUUCACUCUUCCCGGCCAGCAUCCCAACCCCGAAGCUGUUGUCCAAGAAGUUCACAGGAGGGUAAAUGCUUCUGUAAAUUAUAGAAGGAGCAUGCUACAAGUAUCCCAGCAAGACCAGUCUUCAUGCCUAACUGGAAACCCCAUAGAUGACUGCUGGAAAUGUGACCCAGACUGGCCCAACAACCGACAGAGACUAGCAGAUUGCGCCAUUGGGUUCGGACAGUACUCUAUGGGGGGCAAAAAUGGAGAAUUCUAUAUUGUCACCGACUCCACAGACGAUGAUCCUGUCAAUCCUAGGCCAGGGACUCUACGUUAUGCUGUGAUCCAAACUGAACCUUUGUGGAUCGUGUUCCCCAGCAACAUGCUCAUAAAACUCUCCCAGGAGCUCAUCUUUAAUAGCUAUAAAACUCUCGACGGGCGUGGGGCUAAUGUUCACAUCGUGGGUGGAGGCUGCAUUACUCUUCAGUUCAUAAGCAAUGUCAUCAUUCACAACAUACAUAUCCACCAUUGUCAUCCCUCAGGUGAGACUAAUGUGCGGUCGAGUCCAACCCACUAUGGUUGGCGCACAAAAUCCGACGGUGAUGGGAUAUCGAUAUUUGGGUCGAAAGACAUAUGGAUAGACCAUUGCUCUCUGUCGCACUGCAAGGACGGCUUGAUUGACGCUGUGGAGGGGUCCACUGGGAUCACGAUAUCGAAUAACUAUUUCUCGAAUCACGACGAGGUGAUGCUGCUGGGCGCCAGCGACGACUACUUGCCUGACUCGGGAAUGCAGGUGACUAUUGCCUUCAAUCAUUUUGGUGAGAAGCUGGUGCAGAGGAUGCCCAGGUGCAGGCGCGGCUAUAUCCACGUCGUCAACAACGAUUUCACGCAGUGGGAGAUGUAUGCUAUUGGUGGUAGCGGUAACCCAACCAUCAAUAGCCAAGGCAACCGCUACACUGCUCCUUCCAACCACAAUGCCAAAGAGGUAACGAAGCGAGUUGAUACAGCUGAAGGGGAAUGGAGGGGAUGGAAUUGGAGGUCUGAAGGGGAUAUAAUGGUAAAUGGAGCAUUCUUUGUGGCGUCGGGUGAGGGUGUUGAGGUUAAGUACGAGAAGGCCUAUAGCGUUGAGCCCAAAUCUGCUGUUCUCAUUGAUCAGCUCAUCAUGCACGCCGGUGUACUUGGCGUUGGUGGCAGGGAGAACAAUUUGGGAAUGUGGACCAAAGGAAGCGAGGGUGGUGGCAACGGUUUUGGGUCAGACCCAGAUUAUACAGAUGAUUUUUCAAGGAGCAGCGUGCUAUUGUCACCUUUUACUUUUGUUCUCGUAUCUCCUUUGAUUGCAUUUUCAUGCUUGUUAUUUUAUAAAGUACAUCCAUCAUUUUUGUAAUAAUGAAAAAUUACGCAGUGAUUUUCUUUUCUUGA